UUAUCAGCCUGAGGCCGAGAGACACAGAGACACAGAGAGAGACAUGAGCUGGUUCCUGUGAGGACGACACCGGAUUAAAACCGUGUAGGUGUAUGAUUCACCUGGAGCAGAACAUUGUAUCAGUUCCUAUAAACGUCUUCAGUUCCUGGUUCCAUUUGAUCAGAAACUGUCUGAAUACCUGGAUGUUUUGGCCCCGCCCCCUUUUCAACCUGAGCUCGGCCGCCAUGUCUAAAGCGACGGUGAAGAAGCUGCACUGGCGCUCCAAGGUGCAGGAGAGCUUCGUCCCGCUCGGUGGCGGUUCUGGAGAGCUGGGCCUGGCCAUCGGGGGCGGGGCCGACUAUGGCGAGUUUCCCUUUGUCACAGCAGCCCCGGGGGGCGGAGCCACGGUGGGUGACAUCAUCUUAGAGAUCGGGGGGACGCCGGUGCUGGGGAUGACGCUCGGUGACGUCAGAGGAGUCCUCAACUCCUGCCCCCAUCCAAUCAGAAUCAAGACCGUCUCCCCAGGCUCGUCUCUGUGCAAAGACCUCAGGUUGUACCUCAGCAAGUGUUUCACUCCAGGAUCCAUGGACAGUCAACUCCAACAGCUGAUCAGAGAAAACCUGUACCUGAGAGCAGUACCCUGUACGACUCGUCAGCCUCGGGACGGGGAGAUCUCAGGUGUCGACUACAACUUUGUUUCCAUUGAGGAGUUUUUCUCUCUGGAGGAGUCGGGAGCUCUGCUGGAGAGCGGCAAGUUCAAAGGAAACUACUACGGGACGCCCCGCCCCGUCCACAUCGGUCCAGAGAGUCCACCAAUCACAUACCAGGAGCAUCGCAACCUGCUGAGGAACUUCAGGACCAGGAGCAAGUCUCUGAGUAACCUGGAGAAAGCGGUGGAGGAGGGGGACAACAGCGAGGAGGACAGUGGACACACAGUGCCGGCCGGAGCCCCGCCCACCAUCCUGCCGCUCAGCCAAUCAUGGGAGUCAGCCAUGGGAGCCCGGGAAGCGACAGAAAAUGGAGGAGGAAGAGGACGAGGAGUCGGGAGAGGAAGAGGAGGGGGAAGAGGAGGAGGAGGAGGAGGAGGAGGAGGAGGAGGAGGAGGAGGAGGAGGAGGACCGCUGCCUGAAAACUGGGAGCUGGCCUUCAGUGAUUCAGGGGAACCGUACUACAUAGACCAUAACUCUAAGACCACCAGUUGGCUGGAUCCUAGAACUCAGAACAAAGAGACGACUUCGUGUCCAGAGCUCCCAGAGUUCACGGAGCAGCCCAGUCAGCUGAGGGGCUACUCCAUCCACACCCGGCUCUCCAAAGGCCCCCGAGGCUUCGGCUUCAACAUCGUGGGAGGAAGUCGACCGCGGGAGUUCCUGCAGGUCUACAGCGUCACCCCUGGGGGGCCCCCGGCCCUCAACACAGCCGACAUCCUGGUCUACAUCAACGAGUCCUGCGUCCUGGGCCGGUCCCACAAGGAGGUGGUGGAGCUGCUGAAGUCGGUGCCGAUGGGUCAGAGCGUGGACGUGGUCCUGAGGAGGGGGUACCCCAUGCUCUACAACCCGGACGGCUGUCCCAAACAGAGCCUGGAGACGCCUCAGACGCCCAGCGAGUCCAACCCGAGCCGAGGUCCGACCCAGCUCACCUACAGCCGGACCCUGGACGCCUCGGGCAGCUCCGCAGCUCAAACCCCGCCCUCCUACGCCUCCCAGCCAAUGACCAAUGGACUGACGGCCCCGCCCACUCCCCCAUCCGCCGACGCCCCCCCAGCUUCAGCAGCCAAUCACAGCGACUCUGACGGCGGCCUGUCCACCCGGAGCUCCAAGUCUUCCGCACAUGUGACCUCCUCCUCCCUCCCUCUCCUCCUCCUCUCAGCCCUGAUCGCUCACCAUCGUCUCCUCCUCCUCCUCCGCCCACCCCAAGCUCAUCUCAACUCCUCCUCCGCCCUCCCCAUGUCCUCCUCCUCCUCCGCCCUCCCCUUGUCCAAACUGCCCCUGUCUCAGCCUGAGUCGGGCCUCCUCCAGACCUCCUCCUCCGCCCCCCCUGGGGCUCCGGUGCUCCGCCCACCGAUGCCCCAGACCUCCCUGGCCCCGCCCCCUCCCAGAGACACCCCCCCCUGUGGUUUUAACGGGUGCCCGGCCAGCCACCCGGCCCCUCCGGCCGGCCCCCGCGGUAACCCGGGCCUGGUGCUUCCCCUCGGGGCGGGGUCCCCCGGGGCGGUCCCGGGUGGGGAGCUGGUUCCGGUGGCUCUGGGUCACAGCGAGGGAGGGGGGCUGGGCUUCAGCGUGGGGGCGGGAGGACAGGGAGGACAGCUGGCCGUGGUCAGGCGGGUUUGGGACCGGAGGCAGUGCCCCUCCCUGCAGCCGGGGGACGCCAUCAUGAAGAUCAACGGGGCCGACGUCCAGAACCUCAGCUCCUCCCAGGUCCAGAGGGUCCUGCAGGAACACACCAAACAGGGGGAGGUGGUGGUCCUGGUCUUCAGAGGUGUUCCUGUCUCCUCCCCCAUCGUCACCCCAAACCUCUACAAGCCCCUCCCCUCCCCACAUGGCCUGGCCACGCCCCCUUCCUCCACCCCCCCCUCCUCCUCCCAGCCUCCUCCCACUCCAGCCGACUUGCCUUCCCCGUCCUCCGGUGCCUUGGUGGGGGGCGUCCCCCUGCUCAGCCAGGCUGGACUGGCCCUGGAGAGUCCGCAGGAGCCGGGUCCAGGGACCCACCAAGGGGCCCCCCCUCCGGCCCAGACGUCCAACGGGACGCCAGCCUCCGUCCUCAUCCAGAGCACCAGCUUCCUGGACUCGGUCCCGGUGACGCUGACCUUAGAGCCGCGGGACCUCCUCGGCGUGGAGGACAGAGGGGGAGGAGCUCUGGGAGCCGUCGCCAAGGACACCAGAGGAGGAGGCGGGGCUAAGACAGCGGAGGUGGAGCUUAGGAGGCGUCCCGGAGAAGGAUUCGGAUUCGUCAUCGCCUCCCAGGAAGUGGAUGGAGUCCGUGCCUCCUCCCUGAUGUCCCACCGGUUCGUGACGGUGCGUCGCGGCAGCCCGGCGGCUCGGAGCGAACACAUCCAUCCUGGAGACCAGCUGGAGGCGGUGGAGGGUCGACCGGUGGCGGCGCUGCAGCAUCGAGACCUGGCCCAGAUCCUGAGGAGGGCAGGGAACACCCUGAGGCUGAGCAUCACCCCCCGACACCACUCCUCCUCCCUGUCAGGAGCAGACCUGGACAUCGACGGCCGCUUGAUGAAAGGAUCCAGAGGAAGGUCAAAGGACGAGUCCCGGUUCUACAGCGUGGACCUGGAUCGAGGUCCCACUGGGUUCGGUUUCUCCCUGAGGGGGGGCAGCGAGUACAACAUGGGGCUGUAUGUGCUGGGGCUGAUGGAUGGGGGGCCGGCCCAGCGCAGCAACAAGAUCCAGGUACCUCAUUACUAUAUAUUUGUGACAGUGUGCUCCAUCUCCUCCAAUCAAACGUCUGAUCAUCUCACCACGUCCCGUCCCACCUCCAUCAGCUGGUCCCUCCCUCCUAAAACUCUCUGUCUGUUUUCAGGCCCUGAGGAAGGAGAACUCUCCCCCUCCCCCUCCUCACACACCCAGGAUGGGGAUCCAGUAACCAUGGCAACCGCCUCCCUCAGCCGGCAGAUGGGAGGAGGAGGAGGAGGAGGAGGAGAGAGGAGCAGGAGGAGGAGGAGAGAGGGAGUAAGCAGACAUGGAGCAGGUGGCUUAGGGCCUCCUGAUCUGGACCUGGACCGAGUGGAAGAGGAGGCACGGGAGGAGGAGAGGAGGAGGAGGAGUCAGCCCGUCAGACAGAAGAAGAGGGACGACCAGAGGGAGCAGGGGAGGAGGAGCAGGAGCUUACCGAGGAGCGAUGCUCGAUCUCUGGACUCACGUCUGCCCCAGGAGGAGAGGAGGAGGAGGAAGGGGGAGGAGAAGAAGGAGCGUCCCGGGACGGCGUUCUCCUUCCUCAUGCCGAUGGACGACGAGCGUCUGUCCGACAGCGAAUCAGCAUCCAGCUUCUCUGAGCUCAGCCUAUCAGCAGCCGGCAGCACGGCCUGGACGGAGGAAGCCUAUUGGAGGAGAGCCACGUCGUCACGGCAACAGAGGGACACCCCGAGCCGCUGGCUGAAGCCCAGCCCCCAGAGACUGACGCAGACUCUGACUGGCCCCCGGCUCGGUGGGCGGGGUCUGGUGGGCGGGCUCUCUCUCUGAUUGGCCACACCAAGGCUGUCCUCCUUUUUCAUGCGCUAACGUUUUCUUAUUGGCUACUUAUAAGGGCUUUUUUUGAUUGGCCUGCUGAGAGAAGACCCCGCCCCUUCCUGUGUCCUAUUGGACAGCUGUUUCUGAGUGGACAAGGACUCGUUUCUGAUUGGCCAGUUAAUGACCCCAGGCCUUCAUUUCAAAUUUAACCAUCAUGCAUCAGUGCAUCCUCACAUGAUGAGGCCACAGUCCUCGUCACCAUGGUAACCGUGACACUCACCUGUUAGGGGGCGUGGCCACUUUGAUUGACAGCUGUCUGUAGCCUCAGCUCCGCUUCUGUGGGAGUUCGUUGGAGUCAGACAAAGGUGGAGACAAAUAGGGGGUAGGUGGAGGCUAAGCUAAGCUAAGCUAAGCUAAGCUAAGCUAAGACAACGUUGGUGACAGUGUCCAAAAUGCCCGGAUCCGAUCGGACUGGUUACCAUGGUGUCAGCUGUUCGUGGCUUCAUCAUCUUCAUCUUCGUCCUCUGCCUCUGAACUCGUAUGCAAACCGUUUGAUUCUCUCUGUGUAAUCUGAGCAUGUGAAUAUCACUGGAAUGAUUUUUUAUUUUUAUAAAGCUGAACAUGUAAAGGCUCAGUGGAUGAUUAUCAUUAUUAUUAUUAUUAUUACAGAUUAAAUAGAGAUGAUCUGA